ACGCUAUAAGUCAUGCUAGGUUUCAUUAAUUAAAACCUCUAAAGCUCAAUAGAGUUCCAACCCCCCUUGUCCCGGCAAAGUGGAACCUUCCAACCAGGUGUAACUGGAAUCCAUUUUGGCUCAAGGCGGAGCCGCUUCCCGCGUUAACGCCGGGCGCGUUUGAGCCCAAAUGAACGCCGCUGUACUCCAGUUUCACACUAGUGAUUCCGUCCUCCAACAAGAGUUGCUAGGACGCAAACAUCAUCUUUAUAAGCUCUACCGACCCCUAUGUGACACACUCAGUACUCAAUCUCAUCCACAGCCUAGUUUUAAUAAGACAAGACGCGAUGUGUUCUUCAGCGCACAGACUAACGAUAAAUAGACCUGUCAAAACGACGCAGGGGCAUUAGACGCUGAUUUGUGCAUUCGCUUAUUUAUUAUUAUUAUUGAUAUUAUCAUAAAGCGUGAUAUAAUGGCGACGGAGUGCACGCAAGAAUCCGUCCUGGACUUUCUAUUGGAAAAUGGGGGGCGUGUGAAAAACAAGGACUUGGUCGCGCAUUUUAAAGUCUUUCUGAGCAGCGAAAAUGCGAAGCGAGCCGUGCUAAAAGAGAGAUUUAAGCGUUUUGUGGACAAUAUCGCCUCCGUGAAGCAAGAAAACGGGGAGAAAGUGGUGUGUUUGAAGAAGAAGUACAGAUACCCGGAGAUACGCAGCUUGCGCGCGCAGGAUGAGAAGCCCGAUGAGGAUGAUGAUGAUGAAGACAUCAACAGAGGAAUCGAUGCAUUGCACUUUGAAAAGAACGUCAACGUGCAUGAAGAAAUCAGUGAUCUGAAUCCUAAAUCAGAGGAGGUGAAGGCUGUGAGAGAUGCUGAGGCGGAGCUGAGUGUGUCUGACAUCGCACUGAUUGAGAAAGACUUUGGCAGAGCUUCUGUCACGCCACAGGUCAUUAUUAGUAGACGGAGAACAUCGAGGGGAUCUCUGCGGAGUCUGCUGGGCUCUUCUGAGGAUGGAGCACAUGAGGCACCUGCAGAGGAUGGCAGCACCCCAAAAUGCAGCCGCAAGAACUUCAUAGAGCUCAUGAUGAGCAGUUCUCCACAGGUGAGACGCUCACUGGUGCACCGUAACUCCCAAGGGCACAUUGAGUUCAGAAUGUCGUCUGUGGAUGAGGAUUGUGCUUCGGUAACUUUAGACCCGCUGGAGCACGAGUGGAUGAUGUGCACAGCAGACGGCGAGUGGGACAGUCUGCAGCGGCUGCUCGAGUGUGAACCCACGCUUAUCUCCAAGAAGGACUUCGUCACCGGGUUCACGUGUCUGCACUGGGCGGCUAAGCAAGGCAGACACGUGCUUUUCGCAACGCUGGUGGAUUUCGCCAAACGGCACGGCGUCGCCAUCAACGUAAAUGCCCGAUCCAGCGCCGGCUACACGCCUCUGCACCUGGCAGCCAUGCACAAUCAUAUAGAGGUCAUGAAGCUUCUGGUGGGAGCGUAUGAUGCUGACGUGGAUGUGCGGGAUUACAGCGGGAAGAAAGCGGCGCAGUAUCUCCGAUCCAGCGACACAUGCGACAUCAAGGACAUCAUAGGAGCUUGUGUGAACUCUGACACAGAGAACGCAUCUGGAGCCGGGCGAUGGAAGCUUCCUAAAGUCCUGCAGUCCAGUCUCAACCCCCUACGGUUACUGAACCACCCUGAAGAGAUGACGGCCGAUGCUCAGCCCAGGCCCAGGUCUCUGUAUCGGAAAUCCUCCAUCGGCCGCAUCAGACUGCAGAGGAACCGCUUCAAGACGCAGAUCGUCCACAGCACGUCGUUCAGAGAGAACGAAAUAUAA